CAUAUCAACAUGAUAGAUCCGAGUUAAUUUGUAAAAUAUGGGAAUUUAUAUAUGACAACUAUCACGACGCAACUAAUGGUUUACAUAUUAUAUUGGUGGAUAGAUUUGCAAAUGAAAGUCCAAUAAUAAAACCAUUAACUUUAAGAGGUAUCAAAAUAUCCACCCUUAUAAGCCCUGUACCAACAUUCCAUCAGAAUAAUAAUAAUCAAAACAGUAAUAAUAACAAUAGUAAUAGUAAUAAUAAUAAUAAUAAUAAUAACAGUAAUAACAGUAAUAACAAUAAUAGUGGUUUACAUGACACAUUUUUUCAAGAUUCAUUACAUUAUAAUUUAAAUCCAUAUAGCGACGAAAUCAAUUUUAAUAAUAAUAGUAAUAACAAUAAUAUUCCAAAUAAAGUUAUUCAUAAUUUAAAUGGUUCAAUCUUAUCGAGAGACCAACCACAUCAUCUUUCACAUCAUCACCAUCAACAACAAUCGCAACAACAGCAACAACAAAACACCCCAACAAUUCCAGGUUUACAUUUCAAUAGUUUAGCUAGCUAUGGAAAUAGUAAUCCUACCAAAUUAAAUUUAAAUCCACCACCUCCAUCAAACCCAUUGUCAGGAUUGAAUAGUUAUUCACCCCUACAAUCACCAAAUUCACACACCCAACCUGUAUUAAAUAGUCAAUCAACACAACAAAAAAUAAACUCACCACUUUCUCUCUCUGGACUUGUUAAUAGAAACACCGGAAGCAAUAAUAGUAGUACCAGUAAUAGCACCAAUAGUAGUAAUAGUAAUAUUUCUCCUCUUCCAUCACCAUCCUUAUCAUCCUCAUCAUCAGGAUCAGCUCUAUCACCAACUACUUUAUCAUUAGUGUUACCAUCAUCUAAUUUCCAAAAUGGUAACUCUCCAAUUACCCCAAAAAACCUAUCACCAUUAUCCUCAUCAGCUCCAAAUACCCCAAAACAAUUUCCCUCUUCACAACAACAAUCCUCAUUAAUCAAUAGUUCAUUAUCUCAUUCAUUUUCAUCAUUAUUAACAACCUCAUCGAUUUCCCACUCCCCAACACAACAAUCAACACAACAACAAUUCCACCAAAUUUUAAAACAAAUUGAACAACAACAACAACAACAACAACAGCAACAACAACAGUCAUCUCCACAACAAUUUUUACAACAACAGCAAUUACAACUUCAGCAACCACAACAAAAACAAUUACAACAAAAAGAAAAACAACAAAAAGAAAAAGAGCAAAGGGAGCAAAAAGAAAAGGAGCAAAAAGAAUUGUUACAAAAUUUAAAUAUAAAAUAUCCACCCGGUUUGGUAGAACCAGUUUUACAAAAUUUGUAUGCUGUAAUUUUAGGUUUAAAAGAAGAUGGCUUCAAACCUACUUUUAAAGUAAUUUUACCAAGAUUGGGCACCUUAAUGAGUAUGAGAGUACACAGAUCUCAUUUUGAAAAAAUACUAGAAAAAGCAAAAGUAAACAAUUUUAAUAUCGACUAUACAACCAAAACCAUUUAUUAUAAAGAUGAUAAUUUUGGUGGAGCAGACCCACACAAUGCAGAAAAAUCCCAUUUUCCAGAGGAGGUGUACUUAGAGUUGGUUAGUUUCAUACAAGCUUCACAAAUAAAAGUUUUUCCAAGCAGAUAUAACAUGGUUGUUUGGGUCAGUUCACAAAAUCUUCCUCUUGUUGGUAAAUUAAAGCAAGGUCAAAUUGUUGAAUUAUGCCAAAUAGCCAUUAAUGAAAGUAUUGUAAAUCUAGAUGAAACAAUGAAAAAGCUCUCUGUAAAUCAGUUAAUGAAUGAACAAAAGUCUAUAACUCUUCAAAAUAACAAUAAUAACAAUAAUAACAAUAAUAACAAUAAUAAUAACAUUAAUAACAAUAAUAAUAAUAAUAAUAAUAAUAUUUGUUAA